GCCCCUCAUCUGAAGUUGCGCCAUUUCUCAAAAAUUUCAAAACAUUUGGCGCCUAAAAAAAUCUGAUCCGGUUCUUUAGUAUAAGAUUACCUGAUAAAAACCCUGUAAUCGUUCUUGUAGCGACACUGACGAAGAUUUCAACAGAGAUCGGCGGAGAUGGAUAGCGACGAAGAGUUUCUGCCGUUCUCAGAGUCCGAAAAGCAGCCUUCUCCGGUCCCUGAAAGAAGGCUCAAACGUCUAAGAAAAGCUACUGAGAUAUUUCCCAAAGAUCCUAUCUCAAGUCCUUCUGAUGAUGCAGCUUCGAUUCACGACGAGAACACAUCCUUAUUUGGAAACCUAGACAGAGAAGAAAGGAACGAGAAAGAUCUUGAAUUCGAGGAACUAAAUAUGAGAUCUCUGUCUCCAUUUGAGGGUUUUAAAGAGGGGAAUGAUUUGGAUUCUGGCUUUGAUAGCUUGAACGUUGAGGAAGGUGGAUCUGGCUCUAAAAGAGCUUUGGAAUUUGAUUUUUUAGCUGAAGAAUUUGGUGGGGAAGGUGGGGAUCCAAUGGUUACAGAAGAAGAAGUGGAAGUUGAAGGAGAAUUUGGGGAAUUGGGGACGGAGGAGGGGGAGAACAAACGCCAGAAAUUGGAUGAAGAGAAGGAGAAAAAGAAGAAGAAAAGAGUCAAGAGCUCCACUGAUGGUUAUGACGAGCCAUAUUCAGCUGCAUCAACCAAAAGAAGGGGAGACAAGGAAAGAAGAGAUCAUCUAAAGGAACUACGUACUGAAUCUCAGAGAUUAUUGAGAGAAACUAGAAAUGCAUCAUUUAAACCUGUUCCUCUUGUUCAAAAGUCUGUAUCUUCCGUUUUGGAGAAGAUCCGGAAAAGAAAGCUUGAGCUUGCAAAAAAAUCUGUCAUCACAAACAGCAAUUCUUUUGUUGAUGGUAAUGAAAAUAUUUCAAGGGAGGUGUUGGAUUUCGAUUUUGAAAAUUCUGCUGUUAAGGAUGCAGAAGACCAUAAGGCUGCAGAAGCAGACCAUGAGGAAGCAACUACUCGUCCUGUUGAUGUGGAAAGCAGUUUAGGUGAUAGUGCACAAGGAUCUGUGGGGACUUCAAGUGACAUUCACAAAAAUGUAAUUUCUCAGAUGGCUUCGGAUGAGGAUCUAAAACAAACUUUCCGACCUCCUGUUGAUGAUACUCAGGAUAUUACUUUUGAUUCCCAAACAACUGAAUCUAAAGAUGAGCUGUCAGAUGAGAUGCCCAGCAGUCUGCUAGCAGAUGUUAUGACACCUUCUUUACUGGCAAUGAACUUAAAGUUUGAUUCUGCUCCUCUUGAUGACUCUUCUUCUGAUGAAGAGGACAGUAACAAGGAGAACAUUGAUCCACGCCUACAAGGAUCAGCAGACUUACCUUCUUCUCCAAGAGGUGAUCCUGUGAAAGCUUUUGUUGAUGAAGAAGCUGAGGAAGAUGAUAGUGAUAAUGAGUUAUCUCUUUUACAAGAUAAUGAGGAGGAUGAGGAUGGCAUGGAUGCUGAGGAGAUUAAUGAUAUAAUAGCAACUGGAUAUGAAGAAAAGCCAAUUGAUAAUGAAAUGCGUAAUCAGCUUCAUCAGAAGUGGCUUGAGCAGCAGGAUGCUGCUGGAACAGAAAACCUUUUGCAGAGACUGAAAUGCAGUUCGAAACAGAAGGAAAUGAACUUGAUUGAAGAGAGAGAAGAUGAGGAGAGUGAAGAGGCUGAAGAAGAGUUUCUUGAUGAUCCUGCAGAGUAUCUUGUUCCAAGAAAUGCUGUACGAAUGAACUUGAAGAAAGCAAAAGAAAUGAUCCCUCAAAUGUUUACAGAUAAGGAUGAUAUAUAUGUUUCUUCUGAUGAUGAGGAAAUUGAAAAGAGUCUUGUUAAGCAGAGCUUCUCUCAUAAAGCUGAAGAGAAGGCUUCUUUCUUGUCACCUGCAGAGCGUGAAGGCUCCAAAGAAAUCUUUGGUCUUAUAAAGAAGUUGAAUGGUGUGCCAGACACUAGAAGGAAAGCCAAAAUGACAUGUAUGAUCUGUACCUAUUUUCAUAUGCUGUCCAUAGGAGGAAACAAGACUAUGUCAUCGAAGUCGUCGUUCAUGAGUCGGGGGUCAAGAAGUUCUCUCCCAGUAUUCCAGAAGCAUGGUUCAAGCACAGUUCGUUCUUUUGUCUUUGAAAGAGAUGACAGCAAUAGCAAGAGUGCAGUCUCAAUGUCGGAGGAUUCUUCAGAUUUGGUUCAGAAAGAGAACAGGCCAAAGAAAACUGCAACAGCCAAGUUCAGUAACUCGCAAGUUAGAUCGAAUGCUCCAAACACACAAUCAACGGCAGAAAAGAAUUCUGGCCCUUCACUGCAUGAGAUAUUGAGGUGUCCGUCACUGCAAUCUAGCCAUUAUAGUCGGGGUAGCAUGGUUGGCCAAGUUGAAGCUAUAUAUGCUGCAUUUAAAUUGGAUCACAAUGUUGUAAAGAAAGAGCCUGGUGUAUCUAUAAGAACAGCCUAGGAUGUUAUGCACGUUCACUGGGUUGAUCCAAAAUGCUUUACUUGAUGUUCUUUUAAUUGAUGCAAUCUGUAAAGCUUUUGUUCAAUAUUUCGGAUGCUGACCAGCGAGGCCUCUGUUUCCAAAUGAAUUUUGCAAUAUUUAGACUGA